AUGAUUAUAACUGAACAUUUGGAGACUAGAAGCCAUCUUAGGAAAGACGAUGAACAAGAGCAGCUGCUGAUGUGUGUAUUGGGACCAGGUGGCACAGGAAAAUCACAGUUGAAGAAGGGUGUUCCCGAGAAAGAAAUUCAGUGCGAAGUUGGCCGAUCGUUAUGGCUCCAAAUCAAUACGUGUGUAGAAUUAACUCAGCAAAUGCGAACCGAAGAUGAAACAUUUCACGCUCUGCUCGGACGACUACGUCGAGGCGAAUGCACAGAUGCAGAUUAUGAAUUACUACAAACUCGUGUCGUUGGUGGCGGUGAAGUUGAAUCAUUAAACACGAUCGACUGGAAACAAGCAUCAAUUUUCAUUCAUCCAGGAAUGCCGGUGUUAUUGACUGAUAACAUAGCAACAGAGCUCGGUUCAUCAAAUGGAUCAUCUGGAACAUCACUUGUUUAUACAGAACCAACAGAUGAUGAAGACAAAACAAUCAACGAAAAGCAAUCAUCAUCAUCAGUAGGCCUAGCACAACGGAAGCGAUUUACUCCAAAUACCGUCACUCUGAAAUAUCCAGUAUAUGCUCCGAUUGAAAUCCAAAAAUCGAAAAUAAAAUCAGCUCUUGAACCAUUACCUGAGAAAUUAGUUCCUAUACCAACCGUUAAAAAAACAUUUAAAGUCGAUGUGAAAGACUUAUUAUCACCUUCACAAGUAAAGAAGGCUGGCAAUAAAACAAAAAUUAAAGUAACUAGGCAACAGCUUCCAUUCGUUCCUGCUUACUCUCUCACAACUCAUAAAAGCAAGGGACAAACAAUCCCAAAAAUUGUGAUUGAUUUAGUACCAGGAACGAGGCCAAAUGUUGCCCUCACUUACGUCCCGUUAUCAAGAGUAAAAAGACUGAGAGAUUUGGUAAUAUUACGUCCAUUUCUAAAGUCUGUAUUACAGAUAAAACCAAAUCAAGAACAAACAAAAGAAUUACAGAGACUCGAUGAACUAAACAAAUUGACUAAACAACGCUAUGACGCAUUCAAACUUUUAAGAGUCAUAUAA